CCUCGGCCCCGGGUUAUUAAUACCCGCGCGGCGCAUUCUCAGCUGGCGGCGGGGCAGGUGGCGGCGAGGACCCGGGUCCGGGUCCGGACGCGAGUGCGGCUUUCCCAGUGGGACCUGGGGGCGGGCGCCCCUCCGCCGACCCGGGAACUUGGGGACGUGCUCGGUGACCCAGGACUCGGGACGGACCCCACGCUUGAGCCCGCUUGUUGCCCACAGAUGCCCCCGCCCCGUCCAAAGGAGCAGCACGCCCCCGCACGGAGCCCCGCGUGAGAUGGCGCCGAGCCCCGCGCCCGUGAGCGGUUUCCCCGAGCCGUCUGCUGCCCCCGACGCAUCCCUCAACCGCUCGUGGGCCAGCCCCACAGAGCCCAGCUCCCUGGAGGACCUGGUGGCCACGGGUGCCAUCGGGGCAGUGCUGUCGGCCAUGGGCGUGGUGGGCGUGGCCGGCAACGCGUACACGCUGGUGGUCAUGUGCCGCGUCCUGCACACCUCAGCCUCCAUGUCUGUGUAUGUCGUCAACCUGGCGCUGGCCGACCUCCUCUACCUGCUCAGCAUCCCCUUCGUCGUGGCCACCUACGUCACCAAGGAGUGGCACUUUGGCGACGUGGGCUGCCGCGUUCUCUUCAGCCUGGACUUCCUGACCAUGCACGCCAGCAUCUUCACCCUGACCGUCAUGAGCAGCGAGCGCUACGCCGCGGUGCUGAGGCCGCUGGACACGGUGCGGCGCUCCAAGGGUUACCGCAAGGUGCUCGCCCUGGGCACGUGGCUGCUGGCGCUGCUGCUGGCGCUGCCCGUGAUGCUGGCCAUCCGGCUGGUCCCCAGGGGCCACAAGAGCCUCUGCCUCCCGGUGUGGGGCCCGCGUGCCCACCGCGCCUACCUGACCCUGCUCUUCGGCACGAGCAUCGUGGGGCCCGGCACGGUCAUCGGGCUGCUGUACGUGCGCCUGGCCCGGGCCUACUGGCUGUCCCAGCGGGCCUCCUUCACGCAGACGCGGCGGCUGCCCAAUCCCAAGGUGCUCUACCUCAUCCUGGGCAUCGUGCUGCUCUUCUGGGCCUGCUUCCUGCCCUUCUGGCUGUGGCAGCUCCUCGCCCAGUACCGCGGGGCCCAGACGCUGACGCCGCGCACCGCGCGCGUCGUCAACUACCUGACCACCUGCCUCACCUAUGGCAACAGCUGCGUCAACCCCUUCCUCUACACGCUGCUCACCAAGAACUACCGCGAGUACCGCCGGCGCUCGCGCCGCGCCAGGAGUGGCCGCGGGCCCGCCGGCGCCGGCCGCUCCCUGCCGUGCCGGGUCCGCUUCCAGCGCGGCUCCGGCCACUCGCCGUCCUCCAGCAGCCAGCAGGCCACCGAGACCAUCACCCUGUUUCCGGCGGCCUCUAGAGCGGUCUGCGCCUGAGCGUCCCGGGGCCCCACGUGAGCACCGGGGACGAGAGGUGGGGGGAGGCUUGAGUCCUGCAGGGAAGGGCCCCAGAAUGCAGUCUGCCCCCUGGAGCCCCUCCUCGGCCCCCACUGUCCCCCAUCACUUAGUCUUCAUCCAAAAAGUUCCCUGCUCUCCCUUCUGCAUGGCUCAGUUCAGCAUCAGCAGCCCAGCCAUCUUCCUGGUACCCAGACCAUCUAGGAGGGUCUGUGGGAGGGUCAGAGGGGUCCGUCAGGCCCGGAACCAGCUUCUGAAGACCGUGGCCCACAGAGUUUUCACACCACCCACAGCAGUAGACACAGUGAGUGCCCGGCCAGGGCCUGCUGGGACCCGUGGCAGGCACAUUCCUCUCCUGGCUGCGGUGCGGUCCCUGUGGCGCCGCUGUUCUGUGACCCAUCCCUGUCCCCGACCCUCCCAGCUCCCGCGUGGCUCCAUUCCGCACAGUGUCAGCACUGGGACGAUAAACCCUGCGCUCUGCACCCCUGUCCCGGCCUGGCAGCGGGGAUGGGCUGUGGAGGGGUGGGAAGCCUCUUCAGGAUGCCUCCCACAGCACGGGGCGGGGCCUGUCGGUCUGCUUGGGGGGGACGCACAUCUUCCUUUGCAGGGGCCUGGUCCAGCUGCCCUGACUUGGUGGGCACGUGCCACCCAGCCUGCCACAGGGUAGGAAAAGACAGCCCCACGUUGCUCGGGGAGGAGGGGGCAGCUGGGGGAUGGCAUUCCAGGGCAGGAACUGCUGGGGGGUUCAGAUCACACCCCUUUGCAGCAUGGGAGUUCAUCUCAUGCCUCCUGCGUGCCGUGUCUGAGCUAGGCCUUCUGGGGACACUGAGGCCACCAGGCUCUGUGCACAGAGAGCCCACAGGGAAGGGUUCUAGACCUGUUCCCACCCCUCGCGGCCUCUACACGCUACCCUGUGGCCUGGCUCCUACCCCACGGGCAGGUCUCAGCCUCAGCUGCAUGUCAGAUUCAGUACCAUCCAGGCCCUUCCUGAUCCCUUUCAAGGCCCCACUAGGAUCCUAAUGUGGGAGUGGACAGCUCCUGCCCCUGCAGGCAGCCCCUGAAGGUGGGGUCUGCGGCCAUUGGCCCCACUUGGGACCCCAAAAGCUUGUGGAAGAGAAUGGCCCUAGGUUUGCACCUUGACCAAGACCCCAGGUCUCCGCUUCCCAAAUCCUGAUUUUAGGGUGUGCCAGGAAGCCCCCAGCCUUGGAGACCAGAGAUGCCCCCAAAGUAUCCCUGCAGCCCCCAUUCAUCUGCACAUGAGAAUGCUUUUUGCAUCUUUUCUUGGAGCAGUACUGAGAAAGUUACAUUUUCGACCCCAAACUUAAGACCUGGAUUGACACAUCUUGUGUCAGAAGGGACCUGAGUGUCCUGCGUAAUGCUCCCAGGAGUGCUGGAUGCGGCUUCCAGGGACACAGAGGGAAGGGCAGGGGCAAAGGGCAGGCAGGGGGCACCAUGUCCCCAUGAUGGGCUUGGGGGACACAGAUGAGACCGGGGUCAGCAGUGUCCUGACCCCAGAGGCCUUGAGUGGCAGGGGUGGGGACAGGGUUUUUCCGAGAUAGCAGUGAGGGCAUGGAGGAAUCUGGUGAGGUGAGGCCACCAGCAGGCUGGGGGGUCAGGCUAGGAAGCCCCUGAUUCCGGGGUCAGGAGAAGCAAGGCAAUGGCAGUAGCCCCAGGGCAGUGGGGUGGGGGACAGCCAGCAGGACAGUCCUGACUGCAGGGGCCAAGGCACAUCCUUGAGAGAGAGGGAGUGGGAGCCGCAGGUCCUAGGCGACUUGAGGCUAGAGAUUGACACACACGUAAACCCACACAGGCACCUGCGCACGCAAGCACACACACACACAGGCACAGAGGCAGGGCAGAAGUUUCUAGGGGCCUCAUCCAGGGAAGAGGGAGAAGAGCCCCAGGAAAAGUGAGUCCCCUGUCAGGGCCGAGUCGGUACAGGGCAGACCCGUGGGCCAGGUUCCUGCAGGCUGAGCUGAGGCCCAGGGGCCCUUUGGGAACACAAGGCAGAGGUCCCUGGUCCUGUGCACAAACUGGACUUGGGACUCCUGCCUGUGUGCUUGUCUCUCCUGGUCACUCAGGGCCAAGCCUGCCCUGCCAGCCUCGUGGUACAGACCCUGAGCACAGGCUGGCACGGGUCUGCCGCCCUGGGACAGUCCACUCCAUCCAGGCCUCCAAACCCCAUGAUGCUGGGACCUCAGGUGGCCCCAGCCUCCACUGGGGCAAGACAGGCUCAGCAGGGCGGGCUCCCCUGAGGCAGUGGGAUCCAGGAGGGAGGGACUGCCUGGCAAAGGGCUGAAGCUUCAGGCGCAGGACAGGACGGCCAGAGGCUGCUGGCUUCACAGGCCUCACACCCACCGGCCUAGGUCCGAUAAGAAAUGAAAUCAAACUCCUGCCUCCCAGCAGCCCCCUCACCGCCUCCCCGAGAGACCCCCCACCUGUGGUGUCCAUCGAUUAUCCUCUCUCUGCUACCGCACUCUUCCAGCCCCCAGCGCGGCCUCCCCUGGCCGACCCCCUCCCCUCUCCCCUGUCCCCCCCCACUGCUGCCCCCACCUCCGGGCACACCACUGCCUGGCGCUCUGCUGGGGCUGGCGUCCCACCUCCUGCCCGGCAGGCGACCCAUCCAGGGUGCUUCAGAGUUUAAAAUACGAGGCAGGGGCUCACCUGUGGACAUGAUCGACACACACGUGUGCACCCUCUCCUAACGUGUGCACUCGCCCCCACACUGCCACGUGGAGACCCAACAGGUUUGCUGUGGCCUCGCUGACCUCUCUGGGCCCACUGACACUCCCCGUGCCGCACCCCUGGUACCCAGCACCCACUUAGUCAAUGAUUUAUGGAGGCCUCGUCUGGCUCAAGACCCACGACCCGUCAGGCACGGUGCCCGGCUUUAUGGCCUCACCAGGCUUCUCUGCCUGCUCAGAGGCCAGGCUGGAUCCUGCAGGGGGGUACCCUGCCUGUGCUCCCCACCCUCGCCAGGGCCUCAAAUCCCAGUCUGGGCCCCCAGGGCUUUGAGGCUGCUGAGGGUCUAGGCCUUCUGAGCCGGGGCAGGAGCUGGAGCUCAGGAGGGCCUGGACCAGGGAGGGCUGCCCUGGGAAGGUGCCGGGGUGUGCGGUCGCCCGGGGCCGAGCACGUGGCAGCUAGCGCUGAGCUCUGACACGUCCGGGCUUCUGUUGUUCAGUUACAGUUUUCUUGAGGCAAAACUACACACCGUGACAUCCACCAAUUAAAGUGCAACUAGAAAUUCUGAGUCAAUUUACAGAGCGGUGCAACCACUACCCAGUCCAAUGUUAGGACGUCUGUCAGUCAGGGUGGCCCAGGAAACCGGUAGGACGUAAGGUAUAACGGAUUUCUUUCGGGGCACCGGGGUGGUUCAGUCAGUUUGCGUCUGACUCCGGCUCAGAUCACGAUCUCACAGUUCACGAGUUUAAGCCCCGUGUCGGGCUCUGUGCUGACAGCUUAGAGCCUGGCACCUGCUUCGGAUUCUGUGUCUCCCUCUGCCUCUGCCCCUCCCCCACUUGCGCGCGCG